AUGGUUGUGUCUGAAUCAAAGAGAAUUAAAAGAGGAAAGAUAGCGCAUUUUUUCUCUACUUUUCUCUUUUGUAUCCAAGAUCAAAAAGACCCCAAACAUGACUCUCAGAAGGUGGAAAAAAUUCUUCAGAGAGACAAUAAGGUGUCUAGGGAUGAAAACAAAGCCCUUAGAAGAGAAAAUAAGUCCCUCUGGGGAGAAAACAGAGCUCUCCGAAGAGAAAACAAAACCUUCCGAAUGGAUAACCAGUUAACACGGGAGAAGAAUCAGACCUGGAGACAGCGAAACCAGGUCCUAUGGAUGUUCAAUAGCGUGAUCUUUGAGAUCCAAAAGUCACAUGAGGAAAAAAUUAGUGUCUUGAGCACAGAAACAAAGUCUUAUUGGCAAAAGAACAAAGCCCUGAAAGCUCAGAUCAAGGCUCUCUGGGAGCAGGAGAUAGCCUUCCAGAAUGAGGCAAAAGCUCUUCGAGAAGAAAUAAGGUCUCUCCAUGAGAACAUCAAGGCCCUGCAGCAUCAGGAGAGAGCAAUCAGGAUGGAGGAAGUGGCCCUGAUGGAAGAAGGAAUAGCGCUGGAGAUGGAAGAGCAGGCUCUGUGGAAGGUGGAGCUGGCCCUUCGUGAGGAGAACAAGGCUCUCAGAGAAGAAAGCAGGGCCCUGCAGGAGGAGGAACGAGCCCUCCUGGGGGAGGCAAAGGUCCUGGAGCAGUGGAGUAAGGUUCUCCAGGGAACAAACAUGCUUGCUGGGAAAACGUGCAGUAAGAACACUCGGCAGGAGAAGUGUUGCUUGAACACAUAG